AUGAAAUCUAUUUUAGCAUUACUUUUGUUGGCAGUUGUGGUCAAAGGCUUACCACAAACGAGUCCAACGGAUGCGGAGUUCCAUAACGAGUGGAAAAAGUUUCAGACUGAAUUCCGAAGCAAUGAAUACACGGAGGGAUCAGAUGAAGAGGUGAUGAGACGACAGAUAUUUGAAUCCAAUUACCGGCUGAUAGUCCGCCAUAACAUGGAAGCAGACAAUGAGAUCCAUUCGUAUCGAUUGGGUGUCAAUCAGUUCGCAGACAUGACUGACGAGGAAUUCAAUGAAAUCCUCUUUCGUUUCCAACCGAAGAAUUAUCACAAAAAUGGUGUCAAAUAUACCCACAAAAUGUCAAACGAAGAAUUGCCUAAAAGUGUCGACUGGAGAGACAAAGGAGUGGUCACUCCAGUAAAAGAUCAGGGAAAUUGUGGGUCGUGUUGGGCCUUCUCUACCGUUGCCUCCAUUGAGGGACAAUUAGCCAUCAAAACCGGGAAACUGGUGCCCCUUUCGGCGCAAAACCUCCUCGACUGCAGCAGAGCUCAGGGCAGCAAAGGGUGCAGUGGAUCCCUACCAGACCUGGCCUUCGAGUACGUGAUGGCAAACCACGGCAUCGACUCUGAGGACAGUUAUCCUUACGUCGGAAGCGAACAGAACUGCAGCUAUAAUGCGAAGUCAAAAGUCGUGUCGAUCGCCGAUUACGUGAACGUGGAGUCGGGCGACGAACUGGCCCUCAAGGGAGCGGUA